AUGGAUAAACAAACUAGUUAUGUAAACCUCAGCUUUAGUCAAUCUCAGACUACAGUGGACCUUGAAUCACCCGAACCUUAUUGGUUCGGUACCCAAGGUCCUGAUGAGUCAGUUCUCGAGUCUCCUCUCAACUCUGCUUUCGGCACUAGUGCCAAGGAGAGGAGGAAAUGGUCCCCGAGGGAGGACAAAAUCCUUAUUGGUGCUUGGCUUAACACCAGUAAGGAUGCGGUGGUGAGCAAUGACCAGAAAGCUGGUCGCUUCUGGAAGAGGAUUGUCGACUACUACAACAACUGCCCGCAACUGGUGGGAGCAACACCUAGAGAGCUGAAUCAGUGCAAGCAGAGGUGGGCUAGGAUUAACGAGCAAGUCAGCAAGUUCGUUGGAUCAUAUGACGCGGCUCUGUGGGAGCAGAGAAGUGGUCAAAAUGAUGAUGACGUGACGAAAGCUGCUCUAGAGUACUUCUUCAAUCGUCACGGGACCAAGUUUGUCAUGGAACAUGCAUGGAGGGAGUUGAGGCAUGACCAGAAAUGGGCCUCCACCUAUGUGGGUAAGGACGGUGGGAAUGAAAAGCGGAAACAAGUUGAUAUAGAAGAAGAAGUGGGAGAACCAGAGGGUAGACCUAUGGGGAUCAAGGCUUCUAAAGCUGCUGCUAAGAAGAAGAAGAAUGGUAAAGAAGAGUCGUUGUCACAGAUUCAGGCCAUAAUGGAGAUGAAGUCAAAAGUGUCAAAGCAGAAGUUGCUUGAACGUCUACUUAGCAAAAAGACCCACUCACUGAGAUGGAAACAUCUCUUAAGCUCAAACUCAGGUUCAGCAGUAGGGUCACGGGUGUUGCAAUGCACGGGUGAAGAUUGUCACGGGCUGUGA